AUGUGCAAUAUUACAGAAGAAGUAAUGCGACUUACUAGAAUUGUGAGAGCAUUACUACAACAUUCGAUAACUCAAAACAAUAAUUUGCAUUAUGUGACUCGUGAAGAUGUGGUGGAUGUGUUUUAUGGGAACAAAAAUAAUAAUAUUACCAAAAAAAAUCUUACUCAGAUAUCAGAAUAUCCUUCAAGUCAUUUUCAAACAAGAUUGCGUCCAAAGAAAAUGUGUCUUUAUUUACUGAAUUCUUUAAUUCAAAAAGGAAUUAUAAUUCAAGUCAUUAAUCUUCAAAGAACUCAUUCUGAAUCAGCCGUACUGACUCACAGCUGUAAAAUU